AUUCACAUUUUUUGUUAGUUUCGGGAAAAGUCUUAAUUCUGAUUGUUCAGAACGUCAUGAAAUACAUACUCCUAAAUAGGUAACUGAAUAGAUAAACAAAUGGAUAAGUAAAUGGAUGAAUUAAUAAUUAAAAUAGAACCUAUUACGCAGUACGCACUUCCCGAAUUCCAUAACUAAAUUAGAUAAAUUGUAGUACCGUAUAGCUAAUUAAGACUUUGCGCAUCUUCGGCCCACAGGAUGUGCUUUCAGGUCUAGCAGCGGGACUUUCGUAUCCUGACGUACCAGUGACCUCUUAAAAACACGUAUAUAAACAGCUCCUCCUUCCUCUUGCAGUAUCAACACACUCGCCGAACUGACCCAAUGACACUGGUGAAUACUUCUUUUUUCUAAUUUAAACCGAUUUUGUGUUUUGCAGAGCAGCACUGUUCCGGAAAAUGGCAUUUUAAACUGGGUCAUUCUAAUCCCUGCAAACCGCAGCGUAAUUGAACUGAAAAACGUCUAUAUAUACAUACUUAAUUAUUACUAUGAAGGAUCUGUGAGCAUCAAUCAUACUUAUUGCAGUAGUUGUAACUGUGAUAGUAGUAUAGGUUGAGGCAUAGCUAUAAAGGAGAGAUUUUAUUAAUAAUAAUGAAAAAUUAUAAUGAUAGUAAUAAAUCUGCUCGUACCAACGCCCGCAGUACUGACUGACUGCCAACACAUAAUCACACCGUUGGUUCUCUUCCGCCCCCGCCCCCAGGAGGACCCGGUCGCCAUCCUUCGCGACGACCGCCAGGACGACGGCGACGGCAACUUCAAGUACGAGUUCGAGUCCGUCGAUGGCACCUUCGUGUCUGCCGUUGGCACUCCUGGCGCCGCAGGCCAGAGCAACAUCCAGGGGUCCUACAGGUUCACCCUCCCCGACGGCACCAUCGCCGAAGUCACCUACAUCGCCAACGAGAACGGCUUCCAGCCCCAGUCCGACCUCCUCCCCACCAGCCGCCCCAGCACCGCCGCCGCCAACAGUAACUUAGUGGUUCAAGACUCAAGCUUUUAAUAAAGUGAAAAGUGGAAAUUGUUUUACGUUUUUUUCUUUUCGUAUUUAACAUAUGAGUACAUUUUUUAAAUGAAAGAAAUCUGUUAGUUGCAACGAUUCUUUCGUAAUUCGACAGCUUUUAAUAUGAUUCUUUAAACUGCGUCCAGUCUCAGGAAAGAAAAAACAACUGGCAACUCACCCGGGUUUGGAGUAUUUCGAUUCGCAAAUUCUCUUAAAAAAGAAAAAAGAGUUACUAGAGCAGUUUUAAAUUCAGCAUGUUUCAGUCAAAACAAUAUAAAUUAUUGUAUAUGUAUUUCACAAAAGCAAAACAUAUGUAAACCUCAAGAUUAGCUGAUUUUAAUUAAAAGAGAGAAAUCUCGAAUUUUGUACAUUUCCCAUAAAGUAGAUUUACUGAUUUACGAGUUAUAAUCUAAUCAAAGGUAAGAUAAAUCCGAGAACGUUCCCAAAAGAACAGCAAAAAUUGUGAUGCAAUAUUGUCAAAACAUUAAAUAAUUUCGCUUUCUUCA